AUGGCCGCCCAGAAGCGAAUCCACCGCGAAUACGCUGAGAUCGAAGCAAGCCCAAUCCCGGGCAUUGCGGUCCACUCCAUUGACGAGGACAUGUUCAAGUGGAACAUCGAGCUCACCGGCCCUAAGGACUCUGUCUACGCUGGCGGGACCUUCAAGCUACUACUCACUCUCCCAACCAACUACCCCUUCAAACCGCCCGUUCUGGCCUUCCAGACGAAAAUAUACCAUCCGAAUGUCAGCAACGACGAUAAGGGCAGCAUGUGCCUGGGGAUCCUAAGAUCAGACCAGUGGAAGCCGAGCUGCAAGAUCAUGUCGGUGCUGGAGAUGGCAAGAGGGCUGCUGGUGGAGCCGAAUCCUGAUGAUGCCGUCGAAACCACGAUUGCGGAGCAGUUCAAGUCGGACAAGGCGCAGUUCGAGAAGAACGCAAAAUCCUGGGUCAAACAGUAUGCAAAGUAG